CAGGUCUUUGAAGGUAGCAGGAGCAGCUGUGGGCUAAAGUCCGGCUGUCUGCAGUGUGUUUGCAGCAGAAAUGCUUCUUCUCGGGACAGGAAACAGCCUCUUCAAACACACGCCGGUUCAUACUUACACACUGAGUUAAUAUGGAAAGUGAAAGAGUCCGGAGAGGUGUGGUGGCAUUGCGUCAGUGAUGGAUGUCAUGACUACUCUCUUUUGGAUGCUCAUAUGGCUCCCUCAGGUCCUGUCAGCUAUGAGUAAAGUGCCCCAGCCUGUCAACCUCAACCUGACCUCCAUCCACCUCAUUCACAUGUUGAAAUGGCAGCCUGGACCAGAGACCCCCCCUGGAGUCUACUACAAUGUCACUGUCAACACAGACAAGGGAAAAUACUGGGUGCCAGUGUCUGGCUGCGAGCGUGUCCAGCACCCACUGGUUUGCAACCUCUCAGAUGUCUUCCCUGAACUGAGACAAGUCUACUUAGUCCAGGUGACAGCAUGGCUGGAAGGACAGGCCUCACAACCGCUGACUCACCCAGGAUUUAUUCCCAUCAAAGACACUCACAUGGACCUGCCCCUGCUGACUGUGAUUCCCUGUGGCAGAAACCUGUGUGUGGAACUUCAGCCUCCCAUGGAACAUCUUAGAGAGGCCUAUGAGACACUUGAUUACAAACUCAAGAUCCAGAGCAACAGUGCAGACAGAGCCCAGCUCUUCAAGGACACCAAGUCUCUGAGAGGACAGAUUGUGGAGAAUCUGGCCCCUGGAAGACAGUACUGUGUCUCAGUCUGCUUCUCAGAUAGCUUGGAGUCCAAGAACUCCAACUACAGCCAGCCUGUGUGUGCUUUCACCUCUCGCCUCUAUUCUGCAGACCCAUGGAUCUCAGCCAUGCUCUGCUUGUUGGUGAUGUUCGGUGUGGUGGUCUUUGGCCUGCUGAUCUUCACUGGUUUCAUCUGUCUGAGGAGGAGACCACUACCGCUGGUCCUGACCUCCGUCCAUCACGUAGACGUGGUCCUGGUCGUCACUCCAUCCAGAACGUCUCUAUCCUCCCUCCUGAAUGUUAAAGCCACGCUGCCCUCUGCAGGUGAGAGGAGGAGCAGCUGCUCUUCGUCAGAGGAGAGUGAUGGACAGGGUGGGACAGAGAGUAACGGAGACAGCAGAAGAGGUUAUAAACUGCGGGGGGGCACUAACCUCCUGUCCUCCUCUUCUUCAUCUUCAUCAUCUUUAUCAGCUCCUUUAUCCCCAGAGCCUGAACCACGGCCCGGCGGCUCCUCAAACCAAACAUCAGACCUCUUCAGUCCACUUCAGACUGAAGUUCCUGUUUUAACAGAGACACAUCCCAGUGUUGAAGUGGACCACACACUGAGCACACACACAGACACACACAGUGUGACUGUUGUAACAAUCCACACAGGUAAGGAGGAGGAGGACAGCCAGGACGUUAACCUCCUCACAUUAACCUUUGGCAGCCAUGAGGAAGAGGAGGAGGAGCAUCUUGGUGUGGCCGAGCCAGAGUCUCAUUCAGCCUCAGAGGAGGUCAACAUCACACUAGUUCAACCUUCACAAACCUGGGAUGACCAGGAAGUUACCAUAGAGACCGUCUCCUGCUCUGCUGAUGAUAAUGAUGAUGAGGAGGAGGAGGAGUCUGGAUAUAUGGGGCGUCCAUGUACUAAUGUUUUAAAGAAUUUAUUAUAGUGAUGUUGUCAGAUCAGCCUGAUCAUGACACUGACACUGAGCUGCUCCUCACACAGCGUCGAUGUGUGGGACUACAGUUUGAAACCAGUGAACUUUUCUUAUUGUUUCUGAUAAAGAGUCAGAUCUUAUCAGAGCAGUCGUCUAAAGGGUCAAAGGUCGUCAUGUUGGAAGCAGAUCUGUUCUUCAUGAUAUAUGACUGAUUUAAGCUUGUUACAUUCUUCACAUGUGUUGUGUUCAGUGUGUGUUCUCUGGAGUGGUCCAGACAUGUUGUACAAGCCCUGAACUGGUGUGACUCACAUGUGAAACAUUCUGCUACAUUUACACCAGGGGUCUCCAACCUUUUUCACUCUGAGAGCUACUUUGCCAAAAUAAAAGUGUCUGAGAGCUCCUCAUGUCUAAUAUUACUGGUUACAAUCAUUCACAUAUCCUAUCAAAACACUCAAACUGAUCUCCAAACCAAAGCAGAUCAAUAAGAGCAUUUAACAAGUCUUCAAAUAUCAACAUCCAAAAACAUGUGAAAGUCACAGUAGAGAAAAAUCAGUCAUGAUUCAGUCAGAACUCCCACUCCCCCCCGCCCCACUGGGAGCUCACGAGCCACCUGUUGGAGACCCUUGGUUUACAUUUGUUUAUUUUCUCUGUUCACAACAUUUUUCAAAGCAUCACAGCUUUUUAUUUACUGGGAUGUUUUUUGAUGAAUACUUUUUUAAUGGAUGUAAUAAUUUUAUAUUUUUAUGGUUUUAUUUUCUUUUUGCCAUGGCAGCUUCCAUUCCACAGAGUCACAUCCUCCAUCAUUCCCAGUGUCUCUGUGACUGUGCCACCCCUCUGACUGAGUCCAUCUCAAUCAUGCUCCACUUUGAUUUAGAAAGAAACUGAAACACUGUCAAACCAUGACUGUUGAUAACGGUGUUAACAGACUGAUGAUGCUCAAUGUCCUUCAGUUUGGUGACUCUGACUUGAAAUACAAACAAACCUCAGAAAACAGAGAGAGAGGUUUUGGAUGAGAGAGUGAAGAUGUUCUUGAGACCAGUUCCUCCUCUGAUAGUUUACUGCAAAUCAUGCAGCCUCAUCAGCCAGAUGAGUCACAGCUUGGAGAAAAGGAUCCUCACUGCUGUUUCCAGGAUGCCAGACAGUUCGAUCAGCAGCUGGAGGACUAACCUGAUAAGGGAACACUUGAUAUUUCACACGUUUUUAAUUUUGCUUUAGAUUUCAUACGAAUUCAGCUAAAAAACAGCAGCAAUGAAUGGCUUUUAUUGUUUAAUUGUGCAGUUUCUGUUUUCUUUUCUGCAGAGCAGGGAGCAGAUAUAUUUGAUAUAUUUUAUAUGACAUCAAUGAGAGAUAACUCACAGCUGGAGCAGUAAUCAUGAACUGAGGUAGAAGAAAUCUGAAUGGAGGGAAAGUAGCUACAAUUCAUUUCAUCAGCUGUGUUGUUCUGAAUGUCAUUGAUGAUGUUCACCAGUGUGACUGUGUCUUAAAUGGUAUUUUAUCUUCAAACAUUCUCCCUCAACAUGAGCUGAAAACUGGAAUAGAAAACAGUAGUUUGUCAAACAGGUCCACUGGAUGAGGAGUUACUGUAAAACCUGAGCUGAAACUGUUCGCUGCUUCAGUCAUUAGUUCAUCAAAAGAAAAUGAAUCAACUGCCGUUUUUGAUACUUUGAUUAAUUUAGAGUCAUUUGCCCAGUAUUUGUACAGUCCAUGAUUCAUACAUGUGUUGAUGUUCAUACUUUUCUCUAUUUGUUAACUAGGCCAGUGUUCAAUCAUAUUGACAAUGCACUUAUGUUAUGUUAUGUCAUUCAUACAUUUAUUAUUACAAGUUUCACUAUGCAGAAACAAUAUAAACAAUAUAAUCAAAUUCCAUAAUUGUGACACAUUUGUAUUUUUAUACUGACUGUAAAAUCAUGUAUUACCUCAGUAUCAAGUUAUUCAAUGUCUCAUAUUACUCAGUGUUCAGCCAUAAACACAACAAUAAUAAAGUAACA